UUGUACUUCUUUCCUGGUGGCUUAGUGGGAUUGUCUCUGUGACUGAAGUUGCCAUGUAUCAGUAGAAUCCUGUCUUUCCAGAACACAUCCACACCGAUCAGAUGCCUUUUGCAGUGAUUUUUUUUUUGAAUUGAGGUAAUCUUCCAAACAUGAGAAAGCCAAGGAGAAAAACAAAGCUAAACCCAGAGGGUCGUCGCUCACCAUCACCAUAUAGUCUUAAGUGCUCUCCCACCCGUGAGACGCUAACCUAUGCACAGGCUCAGCGUAUAGUGGAAGUGGACAUUGAUGGCCGACUUCACCGCAUUAGCAUCUAUGAUCCUUUAACAAUUAUUACUGAGGAUGAGAUGACAGCCCAAGACAUUACAGAGUGUAAUAGCAACAAAGAGAACAGUGAACAGCCACUUUUCCCAUCAAAAUGUAAAAAAUCUUCUUGUAAAGGGAAAAAGAAAGACUUUACCUCAAAACAUAUGCCAGGUACAUCACUGCAUUUACCGCAACCCAGUUUUAAGAUCAUUGAUACCCUCUCCCCACCAAAUGCUCCACCCUUACCUGCUGCUUACUACCGCUACAUUGAGAAGCCUGCUGAGGAGAUGGACAUGGAAGUGGAGUAUGACAUGGAUGAAGAAGAUAUGGCCUGGCUGGAUGUUGUGAAUGAGAAACGGACUAUUGAUGGACUGAACCCUGUCUCACCAGACACUUUUGAAAUUCUAAUAGAUCGGCUAGAGAAGGAGUCUUAUGUUGAGGGGCGUUUUAAUAGUCCUCAGCAGUCUUUGAUUGAUGAGGAUGCAUUUUGCUGCAUCUGUUUAGAUGAUGAGUGUCUUAACAGUAAUGUUAUCUUAUUCUGUGAUAUCUGCAAUCUAGCCGUACACCAGGAGUGUUAUGGAGUGCCGUACAUUCCAGAAGGACCUUGGCUUUGUCGAUGCUGCCUACAGUCCCCUUCUCGGCCUGUAGAAUGUGUUUUGUGCCCAAACAAAGGUGGGGCUUUUAAACAGACAAGCGAUGGCCGGUGGGCACAUGUAGUCUGUGCUAUCUGGAUCCCAGAAGUCUGCUUUGCUAACACAGUGUUUCUGGAACCUAUUGAAGGAGUAGAAAACAUCCCUCCUGCAAGAUGGAAACUGAUUUGCUACAUUUGCAAACAGAAAGCAGUAGGAGCUUCUAUUCAGUGCCACAAAACUAACUGUUACACUGCAUUCCAUGUGACCUGUGCUCAGCGAGCUGGACUCUUCAUGAAAAUCGAGCCUGUGAAAGAAACUAGUUUGAAUGGUACAACAUUUACUGUUCGGAAAACUGCAUACUGUGAACUUCAUUCACCUCCUGACACUGUGAAAAAAUGUAAGUCUGUAUCGAACAGUGAAGCAGAAGAGGAGGAGGAGGAAGAAGAGAAGAAACCUGAAAAUGAAGAAGAUGUGGAGAAUUCACAAAAAACAGUUCCCAAAAAGAGUAAAGUCAAACUGAAGCAAAAGAUAAGGGAGGAUUUGGAAAUGGAGGAGAAGCGUUUAGCACUACCAGUGGUGACUGUUCCAGAGAUUCCAUCAUGCCGAUUAUCCAAAAUAUGCACUGGGGUCUCUGUCCAGAAGAAGAACCAGUUCAUGCGGAGGUUGUAUAACUACUGGUUACUGAAGCGUCAGUCCCGUAAUGGUGUCCCCUUGAUUCGCCGUUUGCAUGCACAUUUGCAAUCUCAGAGGAGUGCAGAGCAGAGAGAGCAGGAUGAGAAGAGAAGUGCUGUAAAAGAAGAAUUGAAAUAUUGGCAAAAACUGCGUCAUGACCUGGAGAGGGCGCGCCUUCUUAUUGAGCUGAUCCGUAAACGAGAGAAACUGAAACGUGAACAGGUUAAAGUUCAGCAGGCCACUUUGGAGAUGCAGUUGAUACCAUUUAAUAUUCUUCUGAGAACCACCUUGGACUUGUUGCAAGAAAAAGACCAAGCCCAGAUCUUUUCCAAACCGGUUGACCUUAAAGAGGUUCCAGACUACCUGGAAUUCAUCUCUCGUCCCAUGGAUUUCUCUACCAUGAGAAAUAAGUUAGAGUCUCAUUUGUACAGUAACCUGGAUGAAUUUGAAGAUGAUUUUAAUCUUAUCGUUAGCAACUGUAUGAAGUACAACACUAAGGACACUAUCUUUCACCGGGCUGCUUUGCGGCUUCGAGACCUGGGAGGAGCAGUACUGCGCUAUGCUCGGCGGCAGGCUGAAAUGACAGGGUACGACACUGAGACAGGAAUGCAUCUGCCGGACUCCCCGAAAACAGAGGACUUGUACCGUUUCUCCUGGGAGGAUGUGGAUAACUUGCUGCUCCCCGAGAAUAGGGCCCACCUCUCACUGGACGCACAACUGAAGGAGCUGCUGGACAAGCUGGACAUGGUGAGCACAAUGCGGUCCAGUGGCGCUAGGACCAGGAGGAUCCGCCUGCUGCGGCGGGAGAUCAACAUCAUCCGGCAAACAUUGGGCCGGCAGCAGCAGAAGCUUCUCCAUAAUGGGGAUGUGUGUGGGCAGCCCUGCCAGCACGAAGCAGAGCAAGACAAGCAGGACAACAGUACAGAACUGGAUGAUUCCAAGUGUACUCCACCACCCACUCUAGAACCCACCGGCCCUGCACCACCCCCAUCACCUUCUGAUUCACACAAAGAUCCACCUACUCUAAAACCAGUGAAUGAAAGUCGAGUCCAUAAUAGGUUACAGAAGCGUUUAAAAUCAGACAGUGAACUGCUGCAUAAGAAGUCCAAACAUAUGAGUAGCUCUGCAUUCCAACGUUUGUUAAGUGACAGCAGUAUGAAUGGACUUCCUCUUACAGAGGCUGACACUGGAGACAGUCUCUCAUUUCCAGGAGUAGGCAGGCGAACCUCAGUGCUCUUCAAAAAAGCUAAAAAUGGAGGGAAACGACACAGGAGCACAGAAGAUUCUACUGAAAAUGGGGACUCUGACCACAGCCAGGCAGAUAGUUUGACCCAUUCUAACGAUGAUAAGACCACAAGGAAGCGUAAGCGGAGCUUAAGCUGCAGUUCUGAUACUGAGAGUGAGAAGUCUUUUGACAGGCCAGUGGACACAGGAUUGACAAAUGGAUUCAGGAAGCACAGUGAGAGUGGUUCUGACUCUGAGUGCAGCUCCAGCUUCGCAGGGAGUACUGCCUUUGAGACAUGCAGUGGCUCAUCCCCUCCAAAACGUAGUCGAGGCAAGCCUGCCCUGUCACGGAUUCCAUUUUUGGAUGGCAUAAAUGGAGAUGCUGGGUAUGGUGCUUCAGGCACAAGUCUUCUGAUGUCGUUUGACAAUGCUACUGACUUGGAUCCAUUGCAGCUUGUUUGGGCAAAGUGCAGAGGCUAUCCCUCCUACCCUGCUUUGAUCAUUGAUCCCAACAUGCCUCGAGAGGGCUUGCUUCACAAUGGGGUUCCAAUCCCUGUGCCUCCAACAGAUGUGCUUAGACUGGGGCAACGGAGACAGGCAGAAACUGGUGUCAGGCUAUUUCUUGUGCUAUUCUUUGACAACAAGAGAACUUGGCAGUGGCUCCCUCGUGAUAAGGUGCUGCCAUUGGGAGUUGAUGACACCAAUGAUAAGCUGAAGCUGAUGGAAGGACGCAAGACCAGUAUCCGCAAAUCUGUUCAGGUGGCUUACGAUCGAGCCAUGAUUCAUAUGAGCCGUGUACAAGGGGAACACUCCUUUGUCACAUCCAGUUACCUAUAAGAAUGACUGAAACAGCAUAUCAUCUGCUUCUUUCUGGCUUGCUCUCGGUCCAUUUGGCAGAAAUGAGCCCUGGGUACACCAUCUGUAGAUGGCAUUGUCUGAGCCACAGAGCUAUCCAUUGUCACUGCAAUGUACUGACCAUCUCCCUUUCUUUUGUGCCAACAAUACCUUUAUCAUUUUAACCUUGUUAUUCUCAGUUGUUAAAGGUUUCAUUUAUUUAAUAUUGCAUUUAAUUUGGCUACAGGGAAGGGUGCUGUUUAAAGUCACUGGUAAAGCCAGUUCUCCAUGCUGCUAGCCUGUAUUAGUAUGUGACUGAUGCAAUAACACUUUUAAGUUGUUUAAAAGCUCCAGGUGUUAGAAUACAGUGGGUGAGUGAUUGCACAACGAUUCCAGCUGAUGUUGUUAUUUUCUUGUCAUUUUUGAAUCCAUGGCUUCAGUUGAUGGUGACCCCUCCAUUCCCCACUUCCAUGGGUGCAGUCAGAUGUUCUGGUGUGCAUAGAAGGCACUCCAGAACCACGUGCAGCUGAUGGGAUGUUUAAGGCACUGCGCUUUCUGACUCUGUACAUUUAAGAAAAUGAACUAAACUGUAUAUCUUUUAUUUUUUUAUUAAACUGAAAACGAAGAGAAAAGAUUGUAUAAGAGUUUCACAAAUUUUGUUUUAUUUUUACUUUUCAUACUAAAGGUUAAAAAAGUCACUGCCAUUUCUAGCCAUCAGCCGAGACUCGAGACUUUUUAAACCACUUCUCUUUGUAUGUUAAAACAUGCAUCAUGCUUUAAAA